CCGGCUGCCCCAGUGCGAUAUUCGCCCUACGGAGAGCUGUCUUUCUGCUUUCAGGAAUAAGUACUCGGCUCCCGGCAGUGUCGCCGUCAUGGGGAAGGACUAUUAUAAGAUUUUGGGCAUCCAGUCCGGCGCCAACGAGGAUGAAAUCAAGAAAGCCUACCGGAAAAUGGCCCUGAAGUAUCACCCCGAUAAGAAUAAAGACCCCAGCGCCGAGGAGAAGUUCAAGGAGAUCGCGGAGGCUUACGACGUCCUGAGCGACCCCAAGAAACGAGCCGUUUACGACCAGUACGGGGAGGAAGGUCUCAAAACUGGAGGUGGCUCUUCAGGUGGCUCAGGGAACACUUUCCACUACACCUUCCACGGAGACCCCCAUGCCACCUUCGCGUCCUUCUUUGGAGGCUCCAACCCUUUCGACAUCUUCUUCGCUAGCAGCCGCUCCCGGGUGUUCAAUGGCUUUGACCAGGAAGACAUGGAUAUUGAUGACGAUGAUGACCCUUUCAGUGCCUUUGGCCGGUUUGGCUUCAACGGCAUUAACGGGGUUCACCGGCGGCACCAAGAGUCCCUGCAUACGCGGAGGAAGGUCCAAGACCCACCCGUCAUCCAUGAGCUCAAGGUGUCCCUGGAAGAGAUCUACCACGGCUCCACCAAGAGGAUGAAGAUCACCCGCAGAAGGCUCAAUGCUGAUGGCCGGACCAUGCGGACUGAGGACAAGAUCCUAAACAUCGUCAUCAAACGGGGUUGGAAGGAGGGAACCAAAAUCACAUUCCCCAAAGAAGGGGAUGCCACCCCAGACAACAUCCCUGCUGACAUCGUCUUCAUCCUCAAGGACAAGCCUCACUCGCACUUCAAGAGGGACGGGACGAACGUGGUCUACACGGCAAACAUCAGUCUUAAAGAGGGUAUUCACAUGUGGAAGAGAGCCCAGGUCCUCCGUAGGAACAAGGGAAAACCCCAGUUUGCUGGCGCGAGCCAGGUCCCUUCUCGUUCUCGUAGCCGGGCCUGCUGCGGCUUAGGUACCGCCCGGGGUAGCACCGGGUGCCUCUCCCCGCGGACGGAGAGCAGGGUCACGCGCUGGUACCUUGCCCUCGCUGAGCAACGCUUCAGCUGUUUCCCGCGGUCCUGGCUUUCCUAGAUAAAGAACCAAACGGAGGAAACGCUCAGGCAGUGAGCAAAACCCAGCACAUCCAGGCUGCCAGUCCUGGAGGUCACAGCGGGGCUGGAUGCAUCAGAGCCAGCAGGCUGUGCGAAGGUGGGAGAGGAAAGGGAGAUUACCCCAGUACAAGAUGUGCCCUUCGCCGCCGCUGCUGUGUAACUACCUUUUAAUAAAUCCCAGCUGGCAGCUGCAUUUAACGUUGACGUUUUUGGCAGCUGCCAUUUGAUGUUCCUUUCAGACUGUAGA